AUGUCCGCCCAUACUGUCACUAAAAAAGUCAAAGUUACCAAUCCAAUUGUUGAAAUGGAUGGUGAUGAACAAACUAGAAUUAUUUGGCAUUUAAUUAGAUCCAAAUUGAUCUUACCAUUCUUGGAUAUCGAUUUAAAAUACUACGAUUUAGGUAUUGAAUAUAGAGAUCAAACUGAUGAUAAAGUUACUUUGGAUUCCGCCGAAGCUACUUUGAAAUAUGGUGUUGCAGUUAAAUGUGCUACAAUCACCCCUGAUGAAGCCCGUGUCAAGGAAUUUAACUUGAAAAAAAUGUGGAAAUCACCAAACGGAACCAUUAGAAACGUCUUGGGUGGUACUGUUUUCAGAGAACCAAUUGUCAUUCCAAGAAUCCCAAGAUUAAUUCCACAAUGGGAAAAACCAAUCAUCAUUGGUAGACACGCUUUUGGCGAUCAAUACAAGGCUACAGACGUUGUUAUCCCAGGUGAAGGUGAAUUGAGAUUGGUAUACACUCCAAAAAACAAGAAAGAUGGUGAACCAAUCGAUCUACAUGUUUAUGAAUACCCUAAGAAUGGUGGUGUUGCAUUAGCUAUGUACAAUACUAUUGAUUCCAUCACUGGUUUCGCCAAAUCCUCUUUUGAGGUUGCUUUGAAAAGAAACUUGCCAUUGUACUCUACCACCAAAAACACUAUUUUGAAGAAAUACGAUGGUAAAUUCAAGGAUAUUUUUGAAGAAAUGUAUGCCAAGGAGUAUAAAGAUAAGUUUGAAGCUGCUGGUAUCUGGUACGAACACAGAUUGAUUGAUGAUAUGGUUGCUCAAAUGUUGAAGAGUAAAGGUGGGUUCAUCAUUGCUAUGAAAAACUAUGAUGGUGAUGUUGAGUCAGACAUUGUUGCUCAAGGUUUUGGUUCUUUGGGUUUGAUGACCUCUGUUUUGUUGACCGCUGAUGGGAAGGCCUUUGAAAGUGAAGCUGCUCAUGGUACUGUUACCAGACAUUACAGAUUGCAUCAACAAGGUAAAGAGACCAGUACCAAUUCCAUUGCUUCGAUAUUUGCAUGGACCAGAGGUAUUAUUCAAAGAGGUAAGUUGGAUGAUACUCCAGAUGUUGUUAAAUUUGGUGAAUUAUUGGAAAAAGCUACUAUUGAUACUGUUCAAGUUGACGGAAUUAUGACAAAGGAUUUGGCUUUGAUUUUGGGAAAAACUGAUAGAAGUGCCUGGGUCACUACCGAAGAGUUUAUUGAUGGUGUUGAGAAGAACAUUAAGAAGUUGUAUGCUGAAUCUUAUUAA